CGGUGCAUCGACUGCGCCACCUGCCGGUGGAUGGCGCCGGAGGUGUUUAAGCGGGUGGAUGGCAUGUCCGCUGUUGCCGAGCAGCCCAGCUCCGGCGAGGACAGGACCAAGGCGCUGCAGGCUUUGCUCUCUUGCCCGACAGCCUCGAUCCACACCGAAAAACCCACGAAGGACAUUCUCCAAGUGCAGAACACGUUCCCGCUUCCCAUCGAUGACGAUCUUCCGGGUGUUUACCUCUGCGGUUACCAUUCUGAGGACUCAUAUGGAGCAACUUCUUAUCUUAUAAUUCACCCAGAAGGGAACAUAAUGGUUGACAGUCCAAGGUAUACGCCGAGACUGGUGGAUAAGAUUAAAAAUCUCGGUGGAGCGCGCUACAUGUUUUUGACCCACAUUGAUGAUGUAGCCGAUCAUCGCAAGUGGGCCGAUGAACUGAAAUGCGAGAGAAUCAUCCAUUCAGGAGAUGUAGUGGAUAUUACUGCCGAUGUUGAGUGGAAACUUACUGGAAAUGGUCCCUGGAACAUUGGAACAGACUUUGAACUUAUUCAUACCCCAGGACAUACCGAAGGCUCAGUCUGCUUGUUGUACAAGCCGCUAAAGGCGCUAUUCACUGGUGACCACGUCGCGAGAUCUGAAGAAUCAGACGAUCUGAACCUCUUCCGUAUGUACAGCAAGCAAUCAGUGGCUUUACAACUGGACAGCAUGAGGAAGUUGUUGGACCUAAACUUCGUGUGGUAUUUACCUGGGCAUGGCUAUCGAAUCCGGUACGAAGAUAUGCAGGCCAAGAAUUCGGCCAUUGAGUCUCUAUUGGCGGACUACACAAUCUAGGAGCAUCUUAUGAGUUAUGAUCAGCA